AAAGGAGCACUUCCGGGUUCGGCCAGAACCCGGAGCCGGCGGCGUCAGGUUGGCCUUAAAGGACUGUGCUCCCAAACUCCGCUUUGGCUUCGGUUCUCCUGGAAGCCUCGCUUUGAACUCGGCGGCGCCGACAAACGCCCGCGUGGACCUCCCCCAUGGCAGACACGACCCCGAACGGCCCGCAGGGGGCGGGCGCCGUGCAAUUCAUGAUGACCAAUAAACUGGACACGGCAAUGUGGCUUUCCCGCUUGUUCACAGUAUACUGCUCUGCUUUGUUUGUUCUGCCUCUUCUUGGGUUGCAUGAAGCAGCAAGCUUUUACCAGCGUGCUUUGCUGGCGAAUGCUCUCACCAGUGCUCUGAGGCUGCAUCAGAGAUUGCCACACUUCCAGUUAAGCCGAGCAUUCCUGGCCCAGGCGUUGUUAGAGGACAGCUGCCACUACUUAUUGUACUCACUCAUCUUUGUCAAUUCCUACCCCGUUACAAUGAGUAUUUUCCCAGUUUUGUUGUUCUCUUUGCUUCAUGCCGCCACAUACACGAAAAAAGUCCUUGAUGCAAGGGGUUCAAACAGUUUACCUCUGCUGAGAUCUGUCUUGGACAAAUUAAGUGCUAAUCAACAAAAUAUUCUGAAAUUCAUUGCUUGUAAUGAAAUAUUCUUGAUGCCGGCUACAGUUUUUAUGCUUUUUAGUGGUCAAGGAAGUUUGCUCCAGCCUUUUAUAUACUAUAGAUUUCUAACUCUUCGCUAUUCCUCUCGAAGAAAUCCAUAUUGUCGAACGUUGUUUAAUGAGCUGAGGAUUGUCGUUGAACACAUAAUCAUGAAGCCUGCUUGCCCGCUGUUUGUGAGAAGGCUUUGUCUCCAGAGCAUCGCCUUCAUAAGCAGAUUGGCACCCACAGCUCCGUAGCUGAGCAUCCAGUUAAGCUAUCCAUUCAAUACAACCAUUAUUAGCAGCUGGUACUUGGACUAGGGGGUUGUAAAUUCCAGGUGUUGCACUGGCCUCAAUCCAAUUUAUGUAAUUUGCAUAAUGCAUCUCAGUGAAAAAAUAAUCAUUUUUCCUGGCAUGUUAAAUCAAGCUUAAAAAGUUUUGAGAAAAUUUUGCUGUGUUGCUAAUGGUUGAGAAAGUUUGUUUGUAGUAACAAAUGUACCAAAAUUUUUUUAGAUGCUGUUGUGCCUAUAUCAUGAAGUACAUUUAUUUCUCUUGUAAACAUAGCUCUAAAAUUUGUUUCAACCUAGUUGGUAACCUGAGUUUAUAUCUGGCAUGAGUUUACUAUGGUAAUAUGAACAUAUGUGAAUUCAGUAAAUUUUGAGACAGUAUUCUUCUGCCAAUCAGUAAUUUUGGUUAAUGAUUUUAAUAGAAGCACAUCCCACUGUGUUUAAUUUCAAAUUGUUAUUGAAUUGAUCUUAUGCUGCUUUGUUAGGACAGAUUUAUUUGAAUGUAUCAUUUUAAGAAGAAUUCUUUAUGUAUCUUAUGCUAUGACCUUCUAAAGUUUUGUUUCCAUAAGUAAUUCUGUGGCCUUGAGUAUUUUAAAAAUGACUCAACUGAAAGCUUGUUAGCCGAUUGGAUACAUAUUAGCACCUAGCCAUUGUAUGUCAGGAAGCAGUAGUGGCACAGCUUUCCUCUCAGAGACUCAUUGGGUAACAUAUCUCAAAUAGGAAAUCCUUUUACAAAUGUUGACACAUAGUAUUAUAGUUUGUAGAACUACCUAGUUCAGAUUCUUGACUGCCAGUUUUCUCAGUUUCUUAGGCUUGAAUUUUCAUAGAUGAUUCCAACAGUUCAGAUGCCUUUUGAGAGGAAUGUAACUGAAGAUUGAGCAUCUGACUAUACUUGUGUCUGUUCUAAAGUAAUAAUGAAGAGUAUGUUGUAGAUUACAUAUUUACCCAUCAAAUCUGAUUUAAAAGAUUAAGCUGAAAGGUUUAUAGGUAAGGUAAUGGGGCCAGGGGAGGAGUUGUAGCAGAUAGUGUACAUUUCAGUCUCUUAAUGUUAUAGAUAAAUUGGAUGUAUUAUGCAACUGUGAUUUGGUUUAUAUAAUUUGUUAAAUCCUGUUCAUUGAGCUCCCAUCAACUCUUAUAAAAUUCAUUUUGAUCCUCAUUACUGUUGCAUGAUUGGAAAUGUUUAGAACAUUGUACAAUUUUAGUAUGGAGUAAUGUAAUGGUUUUUGUAACCGCUUUUCUUCUGUCUGCAUGUAAUUUGGAUUUCUCAAAUACAUUCAUUAGCAAUUUAUCAGUAA